GAUACCUUUUGCAUACCCAAUAUACCCAAAGUAAUGGGUAUAAAAGGUAAAUAAAAGCAAAACAAAUGGUAGCGCCAGCAAGCACUCUUCAAAAUAACCCCAAUUCCGACGAAGAUGAGGCCGUGCCGACGGCGCCAACUUCCAUGCUGGUGCUGGACGCCAAGCGGAAGAGCGCCUUCCUGCCGUACCGCCCGCAGUCCACCGUUCUGACCAAUCUGCAGCGCGGCAACACGGAGGCCACCUUCUGUCCCGUUGAGGUGUCACUAUCCUUCCACGAACGCGCCGGCCAGGGCGAGAUCACCGAGGAGCAGGUGGCCGCGGAACGGACACGCCAGAAGGACAUUGAUUACAAGGACGGACACGGCUUCACGGCCCUUCACUGGGCAGCCUCGUACGGGCAACUGGUUUCAGUGCAGCUCCUUGUCGCUGCUGGGGCCAAUGUGAACACCAUGGCGGAUAUGGACCUUAUCAGUCCUCUUCUCCUGGCCGCUGCCGGCGGGCACAACGAGAUCGUCCGUUUCCUGCUGGAGCACGGAGCUAAUUCGGCUCACAUGGACAUUGUUGGCAAUACGGCACUCAUGUACGCAGCGGCCGGAAAUCAUCCGCACACCUGCAACGAGCUGCUGGCCAGGGACUUGGAUCUGAGUGCCACCAACGAGGACGGAGACACCGCCUAUUCCCUGGCCGUUGAGCAUGGCGCGCAUUUGGCACAAGCUCUUCUGGAGCAGUACAUGACGGCCAUUAUUACGGCGGGAGCCUUCGGUAGUAUUUAAUUUUGGGUAGAUUUAAGGGAUUGCACUGGUGUCACAGUCAUCAAACAAACAUGUUUUUAUAUCUUAUAUAAAAGGUAAUUGUUAAAAUAAUUAAUUAAAGAUAUUAAAAAAGUGAAAAUUUUUUUAAGAACUAAAGUCGAGGGUUUAUGCUAAUUUAAGAUUAAACCAGACUAAGUGACCGGAAGGUUGGAAUUUCCGAAGACCCAAUAAAGUUAAGUUGUACUAUAA